AUUCAGUGUACGACAUACCAAAGAUCUGAAAAAUUCUCAGGACUAAAAUACAGAUUACCUACGCGUGGUCAAAGUGUGCGGUUUUAGUCGUAAUUUAGUUCUAAUUAAAAUACUAACGUUGCUCAAAGACGUAUAGUGAACGGUGGAAGUUUUCAGUGCAAUAAAUUUAUAAUAAGUUUGAUAGAUAUUAUGUGUUAGUGUGUGUAAUAUUGUGUUAAAACAUACGUUAGGACUGUCGUGCCAGAAGUACGCAAGUGGGUGUGAAUAUUUGUAAAUGUUCUUUAAAUAAGUGUUUAUUUUUUUAUUAUAAAACAUGGUCGCCAUGCUGGAAGUCGCUGAGAUGAGAAACAAUGACUAUUUUCGAUCGUUUUUACCUGCUGUCAACUCCCCACCGGUCCCUCACCGCGACAUAUCGGCACCAACGGCAACGUACCGUCCCUACACAGAAGAAUAUGCCACCGUCCAGCGCCGAGUUGAACGUCCCACCCAACCAGAAGAACCAGAACGAAAGAAAGACAAAAAAUGGUCCAUUGGAAAACUAUUCAGAAGAAAGAAAAAAGAAGACGAAAGUGGUACAUCUUCGGAAAGCGAUGAAGGAGUGAGCACUCGCUCCCCAUCGAAGAGAAAGUCCAAGAAAAAGAAGAAAUCGGCUCCGGCUGUUAAUAAUUUUGACCACAUAGUCAUAAGGGAUUCUAGAAGAGCACAAAGUUUAGCUAAACCUAACCUAAGAGAUGUUACCGAUGACGGUGUAUUAUCCGACCCUUCGGCCGGCUUCAUCAAUUACCGUGCUAAAACACAGGAAAUGUACAGAGCAUCCAAAGAAUCCCUCAGCCUGAGAGAAGACCAUUCUAAUAGAUCCUUAGGGCCAUCCUUGGAGUCUACUUCUAGGAAAACACGAAAAGGUAGAUUGAAAGCUAGAGUCGAAGCGCUAAGAAAUAGUAUGAGAGGAGAGUCAAGUAGUGAAGAAGAAUCACUCAAGUCAUCAAAUUCAUCAUUGAUGAUUAGAUUUAGAAGUGAGGAUUCCCUAAUGAGGUCACGCGACAGUUCACUAAACAAAAGAUCAAGAAGUGCAAGAAAUGAGAGGUAUAUUAAGAGAUUAUCGCGAGAUGAAGAAAAUCAACUGAAUAAGGAAGCCGAGCUGUUACAGCAAGGUUAUACGAAGGCUGAAGUUGAAAUGUUGACGCGAACACCCACGAGUCAAAGCAGCGGCUAUGGGACAUGCAAACGCGAUCAAACACAAAACAUGAAAACUGAGCAACUUUAUGCUAAUGAUGUUAACCGCCGUCCAAUGAAAUCCGAAUCAAUAUCAUCAUUCCCUUCAACACAAAGUUAUCCAUCAUCCAUCAAUUUUAACGCUAAAGUUAACAACGAACAUAUUAACUAUUCCAUACCAACCAGUAACAUUAAUAGAGAUAUGCUUUAUGCUAAUAAUAAUCGCGAGAGAAGCGUCAGUAACCAGUACGAGAAUCCGGAGAACGUCAUGUGUGUCAAAUUUCCUCUCGGGAAUGUCACAAACGUAAAAAGGGAGGAAAAGGCACCUCCUGUCCCGCCCCCUCGUGAUAUGCAACGAAAAGUCGCAACUCCUAUAUCCAUGUAUUAUGAAAAUAACCCCAUGAUAGCCGAUAGAAUAGCAAAUACUCAACAAACUGUUUUACAUGGUGUACCUAACAACGAUUUCGAAAGAGUCAUGAGGCGGAGUCAGGAAAGAUCACUUAGUCAUGGCUUUAACGGACUGCGCCGACCUAUAUCAAACUCUGAGGACCAUAUUGCAAUGCAAAACAAUGAAUACAUACAAAACUUCCAAAUGAAGAAUGAACAGCCUCGGAGACCUGCUUCAGUAUCAGCAGAACCAAAUCAUUAUGGCUUGUACGCUAAUUCACCACCUUGGAGAAAGUCUGUUGGUCCUACUAACAUUGUUAAGCCAGAACCAGUCCAAUUGAGACAUGAUUAUUUGUACUACGCUGAUCAGAGCCCAAGGUCACGAAGACCCAUUAGUGUUAAAACUAGUCAAAAUGGUUAUGAAAAUCAAUAUCUUAGUGAUUCUCAAACCUCCCAAAAUGUCACUGAAAGUGUGUAUCGUCGGCCACGUAACGCAUCUGAGUUCUGGAAAAAGAUUGACGACGCUGAAAGACAGAGAAGGCAGCAAAGUGUAUACGCAAACUCACGAAGCAGUAGCGACUUUUCAAACUCUACACAACUGAGCAGAGUAGCUCCGUAUUUAGAACAAAAUAAACUAGGCCACGAAAACACAGACAUUCAAAAUAAAAACAAAAAUCCAUUUAAAACGUCUUCUGUUGACACAACAGACGGUGCCAAAGUUUGGAAGGCGACAACAGAGUACAAGCGUUCUGUUACAGUCGACCCACCAAAGACUGUGACAUCACCAAGUUCAAAAACACAUGUUAGACAUAAAUCUGACACCUAUGUUCCCAGUGUUUAUCAAAUGCCAUCAGACGAUGAAAAGAGCUCAGAAAGGCGGAAAUCUACUAACCUUGACGAUGCUCUUAAUGAAUUAGAAGCUAUCUAUAACAGCUUAGGUUUAGGAGACGAAGAUUUAUUAGAUAGAGCCGAACGUCGAGAGUUAAUGACUCCGAAGUUCAACGACCAUUUUAAUGACUGGAAUGGAAACGAUGACGAGAUUCAACUGCGAAGUCAGCCAACGACGCCUUUGAGACGUGUGCAAAGAAGGUCGACAUUACCUGACAAGUUGCAAGAUGAUAUGGCAUUUAGACGAAUGAAUUCCUUAACGAAGGAAAAACCUAAUUAUAAAGAUGCACAAGCACAAAUAAGCUAUAUGUUGGCAUCACCUGUUUACGUGCCCUAUGCGUCUGACGAUGACAGGCAGUCCGAACGAAACGAGCCCGAUAUAGUUUACGAUGACGUUGUUUACAGAAAUAUAAAACAGACUAAUAGUCGAUUAAAGACUCUAGAUCCUCAACCGCCUUUUGGCAUACCAAUAGGACCGGUUUCACCUGCCCCGCAAAGUGAUUAUCUUCACGCAACUCCUGAAAAUAAGGGCCGAUCACGAUUUGUCCCAAGGAGAUCACCAGAUUUAGUUUCUGAUGAUUUAGCUUAUAGAAGUCUAAGAAAGGACAAUAGGCAUUCUUCACAUUUCAAUGGUGAAGAUUAUACCGGUCUUAUUAAUAACAAUCAUUCUUAUAAUGAGUAUUCUUACAAUAAAGACACUGCCGCUAAUCUUAAGAAGAAGAGAGCCGUUAGGUCUCUUUCCGCUAAUAUAUUUACGAUGAUACAAAAAGAAAUCGACGAUGCACUGAACAUGAGUAAAAUGGCUACGUUACAGAAAACGCAUAGUAAUAGUGACGUCAUGAAACGGCUUCGUAACACAUUCGAAAGUAAUGACAACGAGCAGGACCACUACCCGCGUAAUAAGGUAAAGCAAAGACACAACACUGUCAGUCUAUUCGUUAAUAACACCCAUGCACCCACCCAUCAUUUUGCAAAAGACGAUUCAUUCAUUCAUAGUGAUGAUAAGCAUCUUGCUAAGCCACCAUCAUGUGAUAAGUCCAAAAGCUCAUCACCAUCAAACAGAUCUCCCCAAGCAUCGAAACGUUCAUCAAAGGACGAGUUUCAACAGGUUCUAAGUAUGCUGGCCCAAGAAGCUAUGGACACAAGUAACAAGUUAGGAGUAGCAUUAGCAGAACUAGAUAAAAAUAGGAACAGUAAUGAGAAGAAAUCAGAUGUUCAGAGUCGAAUUUCUGAUAGUCGGCAAACCUUUUUAAAUGGAUUAACAUGUAAAUCUUUGGAAGAGCCGGUGCCUGAAGUGAAGCUUGUUAAUGUUCAUUCUGAAGUUGUUACUGAACCAAAAGAUGAUAAACCAGUGACGUCCACAUACAUAAAUGAAACCAAUGAAGAUUCCAAAGGUAAGAAAACUGAAGACAGUCUUCUAGCAAUAUCAGAUCAGCUGCAUAAAGUUGAAGAUCAACUCAAACACAGUUUCGAAAAAGAGCUUAACUUCGAAGACGAAAGUUUAAAACUAUCAAAUUACAUAACAAAAGCUGAAGAACAAUUGAAGGCUCAAGAAACCACGGUUGUGAUACCAGAGACUAAAUUGAUACCUGACGUUAUCCCAUUGACUAUAAAAGAGGACGCGAUAAAGAUAGAAACGGUUACCGAAAAACAAGAUGACAUCGAACUGAAACCACCAAUUAUUAAUUCACUAAAUCCAUUUUUAAAUACUGACGACAAAAUCAAAGAAAUUAAUGAAAUAAACGCUUUUAAGGAAUUGAAAGAUGGAAUAUCUGAUUUAAUCGCUGGUAUUUGUCAAGUAAAUGAAAAGUUAUUUACACAAAAUAAAGGACCAAAAUUGGAUAAUAGUAAUACUAAUCCAGAGAAGAUAUCUGGAAUAACAGAAGCCACUGAAAAGUUGAACCAAGUGUCACAAAGUAUAUGUAGCCAAGAAGUUCCUAAUAGGGCUUCCGUUAAUCUUUCUAUAUACGAAGACGAUUUAGAAACCAAAAAGGAUACGGCUGCUGACUCAACAGAAUAUAAUUCCUCGGAAGAACUGGCGACGAUAUUUCAGUUAGACAGUAGCGCUAAAUCCCAGACUGUCAGCGAAAAUCAGAACGGAUCCGAAAAUAAAAUUCGUAAUGAGUUAAGUUCGCCCAAAUUGGUUCAGACUAUGAAUCAGCAGCUAAGAAGGUUGUCUGUAGACCAGACGGAUGAUUGUGCUCCUAGUCAAAGCAACUCACUGCCGACGAACGUGGUUCCCUGGAGAAUUAAGAGGCAAACUAACAAUUCACAAAAAGAAAAUCGAGGCGAUAAUGCGCAGUCGAAGCGCGAUUGGCACGACUCUGGCACGUUGAUGUUAGCUUGUACCUACACGAUGAUGUUCUCCCAACACCUGGCAGACUUGGACUGGUUGACGCUGCUCGGUUUGCUGCUGGCAAUGAUCACAAUUAUCGCUAUGCUAAUUAUAUAA